AUGCCCAAGGAUCUCCAGCAGGUCAUUAGGUUGAUGGCUCCGUUUUCUAUGAGAUGUAACAGGUGUGGUGAAUAUAUUUAUAAGGGAAAGAAAUUCAAUGCCCGUAAGGAGACCGCUCAGGGAGAAGAGUAUUAUGGAAUCAAGAUAUUCAGGUUUUACAUUAAAUGUCCAAUGUGUUCUUCCGAAAUAACAUUCAAGACCGACCCCAAAAACGCCGAUUACACAUGUGAACAAGGUGCUACACGAAAUUUCGAAAACUGGUCCGAAACCGAUAAGAAAGCUACUCAUUUACCUGGUGCGGAAGAAGAUGACGAGUAUGAUUCGGAUGGGAAUCCACUAGAAAGUAAGAUUGAAAAGGAUGCCAUGGCAGAUUUGGAAAAGUCACAGGAACAGUCAAAGAGGGAGAUGGAGAUGAUGGACGAGUUGGCUGAUUUAAGGCAACGUAAUGCGAGACUGGAGCUUUCCAAUGUAUCCUCCGAUCCCAAUGCUCUGCUAGAAGCCUUGCACGCAGAGAAGAUAUCAGCCGAAGAAGAAGCUAGGCGAAAGGCAGAAGAAGAUGAAGAUGACGCUCUGGUCAAACAAUACUUUUCGAAAAUACCUGCUCCUGGUGCUGGCCCCUCGACUUCCACCGCAAAAGCUAAACCCAAAUCACAUGACGGGGAAGAUGAAAAUGAAGAAAACAGCGACGAAGAAGAUACUGCUCUACCCGCAGCGUUGACUAUCAAAAGACGUCCCGCACCUGGUACAAGCGCAGGUUCUAACGAGCCUUCCGUUGCUAGUAUCUUGGCAGCGAAAGGUAAGGUACUAGACGGUCAAUCGAACGGUAAUGGCGGCACCGCUAGCGCGGCACCUGCCCAAGCGAAACGGAAGAGAGAAGGAAUGCAGAAGUUGUUAGGUAUAAAGAAAAAGGCUAAGGCCUAA